CUUCCCUCAUUAACAAUGUCCGCAUAACCGUACAGCUGGGAUCAAGAGCAAAUUCUAACUUGUCCCUUUUGUGCGCUUGUUGAAGAACUUUCCCUUCUUCUUUUAUUCUCUUCCCUUCCAAGAAGCAACAGAUAAAUCGUUUCCACCUUGAAUCCAUGCUAAACCUCACCUAAUUUUUUUCUUAAUUAUCUCUAUUAUUACUAUCAACUAGUUCUUCAACCUUUUUUUCUCUUCCACUGAUUCUACGGAGGAUCGUACACAAUAUUUCCUUGCAAACGCUGAAUCAAAAGGUCUCUCAAAGGUUUUCACAGGGUUUCAGUCUUCUUCAUCUCGAUUCACAACAACUGUCGAUAGAUAUCCUUCUUUUCACCGCUCAUCACCAUCAUUUCCGUCGUCUCCGUCGUUUCAUUACCUCUUUAAUCCAGGUGUUAAACAAUAUAGAAGAUGGGAGGAUUUAUAUCCAAGUUUUGGUUCAUGCUGUUCCCUGCAAAAGAGUACAAGAUUGUGGUCGUUGGAUUGGAUAACGCUGGGAAAACAACAACGCUAUACAAACUACACCUAGGAGAGGUGGUCACUACUCACCCUACUGUUGGAAGCAACGUUGAGGAGCUUACCUACAAGAAUAUUCGAUUUGAGGUCUGGGAUCUUGGUGGUCAAGACCGACUGAGGACAUCAUGGGCAACAUACUAUCGUGGGACUCAUGCAGUUAUUGUGGUGAUUGAUAGCACUGAUAGAGGCAGGAUUUCCAUUAUGAAGGAUGAACUCUUUAGGUUGCUAAGUCACGAGGAUCUACAACAUUCUGUCAUACUUGUUUUUGCAAAUAAACAGGACCUUAAGGAUGCAAUGACUCCCGCUGAAAUCACCGAUGCCCUUUCUCUACACAGCAUUAAGAAUCAUGAUUGGCACAUCCAAGCCUGCUGUGCUCUUACAGGAGAAGGGCUGUACGACGGUCUAGGAUGGAUUGCCCAGAGGGUAACUGGCACAGCACCAAGUUGAAAAAUAAAAAAAAAUAUGAGAGAGAGAAGGUUCAUCUCCUGCAUUUUUGUGGUUCUGAUAAAUGAAGAAUAGAUUUGUUAUAUCAACCAUUUUAAUUGUAUGAAAACUAUUCUGAUCGCGUUUGUAGAUUGUUCUUUACAUUUCAAUUUGGCUGAAGGAAAAAAAAAAAUUAUUAUACUCUGCACAAUGAAGCAUUUCAUUCAAAA